AUGCGAACGUUCUUAAGGUCUCAACCCCCUCCCCUCUCAUUCUUAAGACACCCCCACCCCCGAAGUGCCAACGAAAUCUGCGAAUUCGAGCAACAAAUAGUACGAUCAAUUGCCCAGGGUACGGACGAGUACAACAUGGCAUUGAUUAGUGGCAAAUACAUUCAAAGUCCAAACCUGAUGUCCGGAAGUAAUGCAUCGAAACUCAAAUUAGACAAAACGGUUGACUUCAAUGCCAUUAAAGUGUAUUACAUGGAGGGACACAAUAACCCGGGUAUAAGUCCACUACAACCAGAAGUCAGACAAUCAUUAAACCAAUGCGUCGACUAUUUGCGUAAUAAAUGCCGAGACUGUGAGCGCAUAUACCUUAAGGAACUGGAGUUCGGCUUUGAUAUAUGGAUGUGCGCUAUGACUGACCCGACGGCACCAGCACUCGAGCAGGAGUUGGUUAACUUGAAGGGACGGAUCAACCCAUACGUUGAAUUAGUGAAGUCUUUGUUAGGUGUGUCUAACAUAACCUUCCCGUCGAUUAUCAGUUGUUUCGAUGACUUGAUUACCGGUCUAUCGAGUGAACACGUGUUUGUAUACCCAGGUCAUCCGGAAACAGCGCCUAAACAUAACGGAACGGUACUUAAGGUGAAGAACAUAUCGUAUACCUGUGUGUUCAACACACUGGAUGUGGCCAUCACUUCAGUGCCGUUAGGGCUGUCCACUGAAGGCCUACCCAUCGGUGUGCAGAUCAUUAACAACCCAUUCAACGAUCACUUGAGUAUAGCCGUGGCCGAGGAACUGGAGCGUAGGUUCGGUGGUUGGACUCCACCCGCGGCUAUCAUUUGUUAGUUAUGUUAUUAUACAAGUUAUCUAGCACAUAAAU